CUCUCUCUCUCUCUCUCUCUCUCACUCUCUCCCUGCAGGCAGCCAGCCACAAACACCGCUGAAUAAAAGCACCCCAUAGACACACAGUGGAGCAGUAUGCGCUUCACAACAGCACGUCAUACAGGCAUGUAGAUGCCUGUCUUCCCAGGCACACAACAGUAAUAUCGUCGAGAUAAUCCCCUGAAAAAUGAUCCUUUUCUGGCUUUCGCCUGCAGAGGAACGUGUGGGCACAGCAGCCCUCCGUCCUGAGGAGCCAGAACUGUCGCUACAGCAACAGCCUUCCUCUCCACCAUCUCUAUUCCAUGCUGGAGCCUCUCAAGAAGGGGCAAAACAUCAACAAACACACAAUGAGGCCUGAUUGAUUUUCUAUUCUUUCCUUCCAACUGAAUAGAACAGACAUCAAGAGAGCCAGUUGCAGAAAUCUAACAUUCAACAAUGUGGUCUGACUGAGUGGUGGGAUCUACAGUAGCUGAGGUGUAAUGCUUCUUUACUUGUUAUUACGUACAGUAGUGCUGCAAUAGUUGAUCAUAUUUAAUAUCAAGAUACACAUGAUUAUUUAUAAUAUUCUCGCUGAAGAAUCUGUGAAUUCUGAAGAACCAAUUAAAUAUGGCAUGGCUGUGAAAAAAUAAUAAUGCAAAAAUGUUGCAGAGUAAAAUCCAUUUGUUCCAUGUUACCUGUUAAUUGUAUUGAAAUUUGUCUGAAUAUUCCCAUUAAGGAAAAAUGACAGAGGUGAAAAUGACAUUGGAGCUGUUCCUGUUGAGGUGAUGGCUGUCCGAUGACUAUGUUAGGGGGGAUGUAAAUGGAGCCUGUUUCUUUAAGAGCUGGUCUGUAGUCAGGUUUGUGUUGUUAAGUGGGGAGGUGGAUCCCUCCUUGUCUUUCUCUCUCCUGCUUCUGUUUCUCUGACAGUCUUUUUGAUCGACAAUACUCUCCAUAUUGCUUGCCGGCUCCUAAACAUUUGGUUUUGGGAGCAGCUGAACUCUUUGGACUUUGUUUGAUUUUUGGAUGGUGCAUGUGGCCACAUUCACUCUACCUGAGGACUACUACUAUUCCGUGGUGACCACCUUCAGCUCAGGUGUGUAGCACAUGUGCCGUGUCAUGUUUGUGUGUGUGUGCAUCUGUGUGCGUAAUAGAGAUUAGGGGGAGUGCUUGUCAGAGAUAGAGAGAUAGCCUGUUAGUGAUGAGAGAAAGAGAUGCAGGGAAAUUGGAACCCACUAGGCCAUGGCACAUCCUAUCCUGGCUGGACAUCCAGAAAUAGUUGGUUUUACAGUAUUGUUGAAUAUUUGUGAAGUUAGAAUGUAUUUUGGAGGCAGGAAAGUCUCUCAGUCUACAUCAGACACUAAAUGAUCACAGUUAGACUCAAUAGCCCUAAAUUGGCUGUAUUCUGAUGAUGGGAGCUAGCAGCAGUGUUAGUUGGCACAGUGGUGUUUUUACACUUCUAUAGAAAUGAUUGCUACCAUCUUAGGUGGUAUGACAUCCUAUUUUCAUAAACGUUUUUGAAGAUAAAAAAUGUGGCACCACCAAAUUUGACAAUUGGAACCACUGCCAAUUUAGCGCAUCCUUUUGAAUACAAAUGUAAAAUAUACAUUUAGGAUAUAAAUGUGUUCAAUUACACUAUACAGGGAUAACCAGACAAGGUGGUUAGUGUAAGUGAUGUGUUAAAAGCAAUGCAUUUGGAUGUAGACAAAGGAGCGUUUGGAUAGGUUAUUGAACUCAGUCAUAAUGACUUUGAAAUCAGGAAUGUGGUGUCUGGCAUUAGACUCUGUCAGCUGCUCAAGCUGUGACGCUCCAGGGACCUCCCUCACACCUUGGUCCCACACAAUACAUGUGCAAAGAGGAAAGGGACCUACAACAUACCUUUGAGGAACACACCAGAGACAUGCUACAUUUAUCGCCAAACGAAGACCAUGGGAAACAAGGACAGUUCAAACUCAGUGCCGUGACUGACAAAGACGAGGGAGAAUGGAGUUAGGAAUGUCUCUGUGGACAUGUCUUCAUAUACACGGGACACCUAUCUACAUGUUCUAUAUUUGUAUGGGGGUUAUUACAAAAUGUUCACGUCUGCACAUGAGCUUGGACACACACUGUAGGUGAUAAUUGAUGUGGAAUCCAGAGCAUCAAGGACAAUGGGCCGCGGCAGUUGAAUGUGGCGUGACGGAGAAAGACUCCUAUUAUGGACGUUGAAGCUGCUCUCGGAUUUCACGUUCAAAGCCUUGCCAGUGUUUGCUCUCAUUAGCAAGGUGAGGAGAAAGCUGCAUCAGACCACAGAGACAGGAACAGGGGGGAGGCACAGUUGUUGUCCGGCUGCCCGAUUCCAAACCUCCAUCUCAACAAUGACGGAAUGACAAUUGAGAGAUUACCGGGCAGGAUAUGAAAAGUCCAGCCAAGGAUAGACUGUAAGGAAUAGACCGCCUGGGCCUCCCCUAACCCCCCCCCCCCCACCCCCCCUCUCUCUCUGCUUCCCACUAGUCCAAUUCUGGGGAGAACUUGAAAGGUUAACUUAAAGAUUCAUUGAAAAGUGAGGUCGGCACCUUCAUCUGAAUGAGACCUUUAGAUUGACCUGGGUAUGGAUGAUUGCCAGAUGGACAUCAAAAGUUCUACCUCAAUUGCAGUGGGGGUCAUGUAAACAUGAUAUACUCGAGUCAUUGCUUACUGUGGUUUUCUAAAUGGUUUUAGCAGUCCUCUUCUUAGAAGGGAAGCCAGAACACACCAUGCGCUUUUACCUUACCAAGAAAAGCAACAGAAGUAUGUAAGAGACACCUGAGCUAAAAGCUCAUACAGUAUCUGUACUUAUCAACCGUCUGAAAGAAACAAUUGAGUUUGACAGGAGAAGGGUGAUGCAGGAGUGGUGCGGUCUUGUUGAAUCUGUCCAAUAUAAAAGAUUCAUGAUGCUUCCUAAAUUAUUAAGAGAGUGUCUGUUCCCUGUUGAGGUGAUCAUGUUGCGCUGUAUUUGAUUUGGGGCAGGGGCGGGGGGGGGGGGGGGGUGCUGAAGAGAAGGAGAUGCCUGUAAAUACACCCCACUCCUUUGGGUAUAGGACAUUAAACUCCAAAAAUGUCAAACCGAAGAAUCAAACUCGUCUCAUACUCGACCUUCUUUUUGUCUCAUUAGGAAGUAUCAGAGGAUCACAGUACGACUUGGUUUUCAGUAAAUCCCCCACUGCAGCCAAGCAACACUAGUACUAGUAAAAAUAUCUGUCUUGUAGCCAUAGUAUCUCUUUCUAAGGCAUCGGCAGCAGUUGGAGGUGUCUCUCUCCAGGACCAACACAUGUCCUGGAAUGCCAUGAUGGCCAGCCUGAUUUAUCACUGAGACACCUGGUUAAGUGCCCUUUAUCAAAAUGAUGACAGCGGACUAAGAGUUGUGGGCCAAGUUGUAAUGACCCUGCAAGCCUUGUGCAGUCGGAAUGUCUCACUCCUGUUCUGUAACCUUUCGAGAUCCCUUUGUGGCCCUUGGCCUGUUUACCUUAUGGUCAUGAUGUAUGUCGAGCCCAAGACAGGACUCCCCCACGCAACCAACGUUUGAUUCCAGCGUAUGUGUGUUUGACACGAUCGUCAAAGAUUAACCCUGCCAAAGUUCUAAAGUGGGAAAAAAUGUGCUUUGCUUUCCAGAUCCUUGCCAUUAUAGUCAUGCCUCAAAGAGAACCAAUCAUUCUGCUGCUCUGGGGCUGCUUCUGUUCCCUGCUCCUCAACCAAUCCCAGGGUCAAGGUGUGUCAUUCCUCUCUUCUCCUACUGGGAAUUGCACGUGCAACAUGACAAACAGCCGGUGUGACGAGAAUGAGGUGUGCAGGUGUGAUCCGGGCUGGGAGGGCCUGCUGUGUGACAAGUGUGUCAUCAUGCCAGGCUGUGUCCAUGGCUCUUGCCACCAACCCUGGCAGUGCAGCUGUGAGCCGGGAUGGGUAGGACGCUUCUGUGACAAAGAUGUACAUGUGUGUUUGAGGGAGGAGCCUUGUCAAAAUGGAGCCACUUGUUUCACCAAUGACUCAGGAGAAUACUCUUGCCUCUGUCCUGAUGGCUUCCAUGGGAGGAACUGUGAGCUCAAAACAGGACCUUGUCAGAAAACCAGGUCGCCAUGUAAGAACGGCGGACUGUGUGAGGAUGAAGGUGGCUACGCUCCCGAGCUCUCCUGCCGAUGCCUGGCAGGCUUCACAGGCCGUCGCUGCGAAACCAACAUGGACGACUGCUUGAUGCGCCCCUGUGCCAACGGUGCCACCUGCCUGGAUGGCAUCAACCGCUUCUCCUGCCUCUGUCCGGAGGGCUUCGCCGGCCGCUUCUGCACCGUUAACCUUGACGACUGUGCAAGCCAGCCCUGUGUUAACGGUGGCCGGUGCCUGGACCGCGCCAGUACCUUCCACUGCCUCUGCCUGCCAGGUUUUACAGGCAGGACCUGUGAGGUGCCGCUGUGGGACCAGGACUCUCAGAGCCCCGACUCCCACGCCUCCAUCAGAAACUCUCACGGCUGGGCAGGAGGCGGAGGGGGCCCGGGCGGAGUGACCCCGCGCCAGCCCACCUCGGGGAACCAUUCCCGGGGGGCUGCCAGUGGAGGGGACAGGCUGUUCAAGAUCAAAGAGGUGGUGACACAGCGAGGCUCAACAGGCCUGUCGGAGGUGCAGCUCAUCGUGCUGCUAGUGCUGGGGGGCAUGACGUUGGCCGUGGUGGCGCUCACCGCUGGGCUGGUGCUCAGGGGGCACUGGCAGGACCACUGUGCCCGCUGCCGCUGCGGCACCCCCUCCCAGCUGAACCAGUGCCCGACACAGAGUCAUUCAGUCGCAGGGGAGCAGGAGUGUAAGAUUAGCUUUCUGCAUACCCCGCCGGCUCCAGAGUUAGAAAAAAAGAGACUGAACACUGAAGUGAUAUAGGUUCAACCCCAGGUCACUGACUGCUAAGACAGACGGGGAAAGCCAGACUUUGAAUGACUGGCCCAGCCUCAAUGACCAACUGAAGUCAUUGGAGAGGUGGAGGACCAAGGGGAGACCACACUGUCUGUUCAUGGGUGAACAUUGGGACACGAUGUGAAAAGGAGGCAUAGUCCAAAUGAAGUCUUGGUCUAGUCCAACAAUAGUCCUGAUGAAGUCCUGGUCUAGUCCCAAUGUUGUUCGGGGCCAGUCUUGAUAUUGUAUAGUCCUGGCCUUGUACUGAUGAAUUGGAUUAUUGCUGAACCACAGGGUGAAGGCAGGAUAGAGAAAACCACUGGGAGACUGAGAUCCAUGUAUGUCUUCACUGCAAAUCCAUAGGACAUUUCUCCAAUCUUCAUCAGUCUGCUGACGCUCAUUAUUUAACAAGAUCUACAUUAGGACGAGUAUCUUCAUACUAUUAUCCAAGAAGAAACAAGAUCCACCAGUUAGUUUUCUUGAUAAAGUUAAUCUUGAAAACAUGUCAGGCCAAAAUGGAAUUUCUGGUUUUCCACUGUUGAGAAACAUGCCCUUGAACAAGAGCCUUGAAUAAUGAACUCGAUAUUCAGCAGUGUUGAAUUCAAAUCAGGAGGCAUGGGAAAUAUAAUAUUAUGUACAGGCUUUAUGUUUAUGUAUGUACUGUUAAUAUGUCUGAUGAAAGUACUCCAACAAGUUAGAUGAUAAGAUGCAUUUAGCUGUUUUGUAAACAUGGAUCAAGUAUUUUUGUAUUGAAGUUGUCAGUAGUAAAAACACAUUGUUUUUUGUUAAUCGCUUUAUGUUGUACACAGUAUUUUGUUUAACAAAAAGUGUUAAUGUAAUUUAUUUAUGUAAUUUAUUUGUGUUAAAUGUAUGUGACCUAUUUUGCAAUGAGUCUUAUUUUUUAUACAUAAUUCUGUGCAAUAAAUGUCUUGACUGUAUACCUUCAAAA